AUGGUAGUGUGUUUUUUGCAGUUUGUUGAUAGCAUGCUCCAGGAAGUUAAUGAAGGGAAUCUUCAUGGACAAAGCAAUUUCUGCAGCAUCUGUCCUGAACUUUUUUGGGAUAAUGACUGUGCAGAAAGCCUUGAGGUUAAAUGUGCUUCCCAGAACACAUCAUGUAUUAGAAAUUUCAGAUCAGAUUUGCAAACCAAAAGCAUUGGAAUACAUAGUGAUGCUGGAGAAUUCUCAGACUUGUCAAAUGCUCUUAAUUCUCCAUAUGAUGCUGCUACACCUGAUCGAGAUGCAUUUUUGUUCGAUGAUGUAAGCACCGAUCAACUUCCUGAUGUGUUCAGAAGCACUUUGGGAUGGGAUACAUCAGUGGAGGACAAGCAGUCUCUGGAGCAUCAUAUACUCUUUGAAUUGCAGAACCUGACUGAAAUUAACAAAUUUUCCAGUCCCUCGCAAUGCAGCUCUAUGCCAAAUGAGAUUGAUGAUGAAACAAUAUGGAUUCCAAAAAAUCUUUUUGAAGAAGUGUCUAGUCCAUUCGGAAGUAUAUUUGAUACCACCAAACUGGUGGUUGGAAUAGGUGCUGAGAAGCCAGUGCAGUGUGGUAGGGAUGUUCGAGUGGGAAAUUUUUCUGAGGCACACAAGACUCAUUUGGGAGAUGAAGACAGUGCAGUUAUAACAAAUAAGAGAUUACGCAAACCUACUCGAAGAUAUAUUGAAGAAACAUCAGAUUUGAAAUCCAGAUGCUGCAGAGAAACUAGAGGUUUAGUUAUUCAGAAACAAAGAGGUCUGCAUGCCUCCAGAGUUCAGCGUCGGAAAAAUGCUGCAGUUAUGGGAAAUGAGACUAUAAUAAGCAAGGGUGAAUUCUUAACUGCCGAUGAAUCUAGAGCAACAUAUGCUUUAAGGUUUCCAAAGUCUGAGUUACGAAAUAAUGCAUCAGAAGACUGGACCAGAACAGUUAGAAAUGAGAAAAGUGGGAUUAGAAGGAAACAUCAUAGACUUUGGACACUUCCAGAAGUGAUGAAGCUCAUUGAAGGUGUCUCCCAUUAUGGAGUUGGCAGAUGGACAGAUAUCAAGAGGCUCCUAUUCGCAACAUCUGCUUUCCGCACAUCUGUGGAUCUCAAGGAUAAAUGGAGAAACCUUUCGAGAGCUAGUGCUGCUCAGUUACAUGACAGAAAGCAGUGUUACACUGUCCAGUUGCAUUUUAUCCCCAAUGACUCGUCACUUUGGAGGUGUCCGAUAUUUGUUGAUGGAAACUUGUCUGUCUAUAUUCGUCAAAGCAUUGCAAAAUUUCUUGCGAGUUCUUAA